AUGCUUGGCUUUAUGCCAGCGGAGCGCUCGAACGGAAGAACGCUGAACUUUGAACACCCUGCUAUCAUGUCAAUCUGGAGGCGGCAAUGUCUAUGUGCGAAUGCUCGGCCGUCAGUCUGCAAUUCGGCAUCGCAAUGAGCACAGCUGCUGAAGACCAUCUAUUCUGCAGGCAGUUCAGAGAGCUGACGAUCAGGCGCCGCGGGGGGCUGCUGGUUAUCCAGUUCCAGCGAUGGCAACGGCGCACCAUCUACGAGCUCAUGAGAGCACUGGACGCAGCCAAUGCGGAUGGCGACAUCAGCAUAGUAGUGCUGUCAGGCGAGUUUGCCGUGGGACGUGAGGGUGAUUGCCAGCCGCUGGCUCUGGAGCAGGGACCAGGGAGAGAGAAACGCGACGAGGUCGAGGAUCGGUUCAUCCAGCAGCGGGCAGCCGAUUUUGUGAUGCGUUCGCUGGCCAAGAAGCUGCUUAGCUGCCGAAAGCUACUGGUGGCUUUUGUACAGGGCCCUUGCCAGGGCCUGGGGGUCAGCAUCUGCUGCCUCUGCGACCUCGUCUACGCCACGGAGGCCGCCUACUUCCUGCUAUCGCUCUCCCAUCUACAUCCCUGCGUCGAGGCGGGACCAAGCUGGAGCCUUCCACACAUCGAGGUGUUACUCCGACUGGGGGAACGGGCCGAUGCUCGGUCUGCCUUGGGAAGUGGCUUUGUCGCCAGCCUGGCGGCAGACGCGCAGCAUUUCUGGACACGCAUGGAUCAGCAUUCGCGCCUGCCCACUGCAUCCCUGCUGGCUACCAAGCGACACCUUCUCCGGCCGUGGCGCGAACAACUGCGGGCCCAACUCCGGAAGGAGAGCACACCACUGGCUGCUCAGCGUCGCCGCCUACCUCCGGCCAAGCUGUGAUCAUACGUGCACUCCAACACACACAGAGAAAUAUUAUCAGCCAUGCUCCGGUUAUCGCAAAUGAUUAUUUUAUAUUUUUGUAACCGAAAAAAUCAUACACUUAGAAUAGCCGCAUAACAGAAUUAAAUAUACUAAAUCGCUACUCUAAGGAUAAUCUAUCCAUGUAUGUUUAAGGGAUAUUCUGCGGUGAUAAUAAUUAUUUGUAUAUUACUAGGAGGCAAGACCCCAAUUCGCUUUGCUCGUUCGAUUGGAGUAAAAUAUGGGGCCGACCAAGACAUCUAACAAAAACUUUUUUGCAUAAUAGAGAGAUUUCUAAUAGUAAUUACCCAUAAUAAUUAUUAUUAAUACAUACAUACAUAUUCUUACUCAUUGGGGAGUUAUCUAGUAGUUUCAAUCAAAAAAUUAUUGAUGUCCACAGAUUUAUGCCUCAAAGCUGCGAUCUUUAACCAUAUUUUCAGAAAAAUAAAUUAUUUUAUCUGCUUGUAACCUAAAAA